GUUUCUGUCUCGAACUUGACCGUGAGUACCAGCUGGGAGACAACCGUCAGCAGCGAGCUCGGAGCGGGCUGCGGAGGAUGUGGACCCCGUCGCGGGGACAGGCUCCGGGCGGGACGCUCGUGUCGGGUCGGCUCUCCCUCGCCCAGUCGCCCCUCUCCGCGGUCACCCCCUCGCCCCCAUGAAGCCCCCGCUGAUGAAGCCCCGAGCUGCCAGAGUGAGGCGGAAAGUGGCCGGAGACAGAGAGCAUGUACUGGCGUGUCGGGUUUGCAUGGACGCGGUCGUGUGUGGUUGAGCUCGGCCAGAACCAGAGCCUGUCCUCCGGCCUGCUCGGCGCCGAGGAGACGCUCUCGUUUUAUGGGUACAUCAUCGCCUACCCCCUGCAGGACUACGGCGGGAUCAUGUCGGCUCUGGGCUCGGACUCUUGGUGGCGGAAGACGCUGUAUCUGACCGGGGGGGCUCUGCUCGCUGCUGCUGCUUAUCUGCUGCACGAAUUAUUGGCCAUCAGGUACAAAACAAGACAGAGAGGAGGAGGAGGAGGAAGGUCUGCAGAGGAAGGUCUGCAGGAAUCAGGCCUCCUGGACUCCAAAUACACCAUCAGCUGAUCAGAUUAUUUAUUGUGUUUAUUCUCUUAAAACUGCUGUUUUUUCUUCUUGGGUUGAGAUUACUUAAUGUUGUCAGGAUGGGCGGGGUGAGAGCGGAGUCGAUGGAGAAUAAGGAGUCGUGAGUGGGUGGUUUGUGAUGUAACGGAACCCCCACCCAACCCCCUCCUCAUAUACACACACAUGCACACACACACUCACAUCAGUGUAUAUUAACAUCUCUAUUGGCUCAUUUAUGACCUUUACUGGUUUAACCCCGGGGACUCUGGUUUGUGUUUUCUUGGUUUGUUGUUGCUCUGCAGGCCUCUCUCUCUCUCUCUCUCUCGCUCUCUCUCUCUCUCUUACAAAACUGAUGUUACAUUUGGUAACAGAGGGUCACUUUCACGUGUCUGUGUUUCAAGGACGACAUGAUGUAAAGGUUCAUUCCGUGUUUUUGCUUCACUCUAACCCUUCCUCUCUAAUAGAUAUAGUUAUAUUAUCACUGCAGAUAUAGAGAAAAAUCCCCCGGGCUGAAGCUAAAUAUAAACAUACAGGAGUAUAACAAUAGACAUCUAUGAAUGAAAGGGUAUUAUGAUAGAAAAGAGCUAAAUUUAUAGGUUAUAGUCGAUAUUAUUGAUUGUUCUUCGGCUGAAUGUUUUGACCUCAAUGAGUCUCAGGUAACCUGCAGUGUAAGCCUAUUGUUGUUGACACUAUGACACAGAAGAGCGCUGACUGUUUCCACUGACCGUUUCCACAGACCGUUUCCUCUGUUUUCAGUGUGGGUUUGAGACGUAAUGAGGAUGUUUUGAUGGUAUGAGGUCUGGAAAUGUUGCAGAGCCAUUAUGACUGCAGAGUCGAGCUGCUGCUGCUGUUGUUUGUUGUGCAGGAAUAGUUUUGAAAUGAGGCUCAAUGGAAAGAUGGUGUUGUUACUGUUGUUGUCUGGUCUGAUAGAUACGGUGGCCGAAAACCGCCACUGCUGCAAAAGAACGCAAAAAAAGAAACCGAAGCCACUUCUGUUGUGGCUUUUUAAUAUUUGAUUCCUUUUUAAGGCUGCACGAUAUUGGAAAAAACUAACACUGUGUUUUUUUUCAACCCUGCGAUAUAGAUUGGGAAAUUUUAAAAAAAGGAGGAAUUUUCACCAAAUGACCUGAAUCUGACUUUCUGCUGAAAUCUUGAGGACAGUUAACCUGCUCUGAUCUUUUGGUUCAUUGCUCAUUUUGCAAUCGUUGUUGUUGUUACCGGUGUUGUGCCGAGAAACGCUUGUCAGCCGAGAAUUUCAUGCACCUCGCAAAACGCACACCGAUUAUAGUCGAGUGGUCCACAGAUGUACAAUUUUAAACCCAUAAAAUUCUUAUUUGUUGGGCUAAACAGUGAUGAGGAAUGUUCAGAAAGUAAUUCUCAGUGGACACGCGUUUCUCAGCUCAACACCGGCAGCGCCAGCGACUCACUCCAUGUACGGAGGCGUGGUUUCCUCCUCUCUGAUUUUGAUUGACGGCUGGCAGGGUAGUCUGACUGGCAACUGAGUAAAGAACGAAUAUGAUUGGUGGAUGUGUAUCUCAGUCAGCUACCCUUGAAAUUAGAUGAGUUCAUUCGCCUCCAAUGUGACUAUUGCGCACACGAACAUCGUGAUGACGAUGCUCAAAUGAUAUAUCGUGCAGCCCGAGCUCAAUAGAAUAGUGCUGUUGUUGGUGUUGUUGUUGUUGUUGUCUGGUCUGAUACAGGCCUAUGCAGCGCCCCCCUCGUCCUCCAUGCUAGGCUUCACAACCCGGCGUCCUCGCUCCUGUAACAGAGAUUGAAGUAAUUAGAGGUUAUUGCACAAGAGCCAGCCUCCUUUAGAGCGAGUCGGCAUUUUAGCUCCACACAGUCGUGGACAGCUCCCCCACUCUGUUUCAGCACUCCCCACAGUGGACAGCUCCCUUUAAGCUCAGCAUUAUGUGAGAGUGUCGCCGUUUGUUCGGGCCUGUCCUUGCCUGCCAUGAAUUAGCCUCCAACAGUGUCCGUGAACGCACCAUCCUCCUUUACAGUGUCCGUGAACGCACCAUGGUCCCUCACAGUGUCCGUGAACGCACCGUCGUCCCUCUCAAAGGUGUGAUUCACUGUUUCGACAUUGCAGCGUCUCUCUUGGCUCGUGUGGUCGGCCCCGGGGCUGAGAUCUGAGGACGAGUUUAAGGACAUUAGUUGAAGUUCAUUGACUUGUGUUCAGUCUAUAUGACAGUCCGAUUCACCCGUCACACCCACGCAUCAUAUCAAACUGAAGUUAGCUCAGAAUAAAAACUGGAUUCAGUCCAAAGCUGUGAUUUUUGCUAAAGGUUACAAACUCAAGGAGAGUGAGGUGGAGAAAAACAGCCGAGAACUCAUCUGCUCUCUGAGUUUUAUGGGAACAAAUCAAGUGAAUGUAAAGAUCAUUUCUACGUUUUAGGAGUGUUUUGGCUUUUUGACAACUCUGUCCAUCCCUGCUCCUCUCAUCUUCAGUCUUGUCACUAAGCUUGGCUGACAGGCUUUUGUUUCAGUUCUGAUAAAACAAAGGUUAAUUUAUUCAGCAGAUAACUUUUAAAUAAUGUGCUGCAUCAUAAAACAGAAGUCAUCUUUCAAAGCAUCGACAGCCUGAUGCGUCUCCCUCCAAUAUCGUCAUUAAAAAACUGAAAACAUCUACAGAGACCAGAUCCUUCAGAUCCAAAUCCUACUGCAGCAAAAUCCAGUCUGCAGGAGCAGAGAACCUGAAACUCUUUGACUCAUUUCAAGACAAACUCUGGGGACAGAGAGCAAAAGUAAAUUCUGUGUGUGAGUCACAGAACAAAGACUAUAGCCUCUGUAAUUUUUGUAUGAAUUAAAUUGAAUUAAAUAAGAGGGAAACAAGUGAAGAAUCGCCUUAUAAACAAGGACAUGGUCAGGAUUUAGUCGACAUGUGGAAAACACAGACCAGACAGAGAACAGUGAAGAGUUAGAAACGUAAUAAAUAAAUGACCCUCAGAGCUCCACGAUAAACAUCAUCCAGAGAGGGAAGGUUUUUGAUAAAGAUGAAUUAGUUACAUCUUUUAAAACUCACUUUUUUAGACUUGCUUAUACAUGAUACAUGAUUUAUUUAUUUAUUCAAUUUAUUGCCUGCAUACCUCUUGUUUAACCUUGUCAGUAAUUAUUAUUAUUAUUAUUAUUGUCGUUUUUAGUCCUUUGUUUUUUUGUCCAUUUUUAACUGUCUAUUGACUAUUAUUAUUAUUAUAAAGCUUGAGUCAUACUGUCUUUCUCUUUGUUAGAUUAAAAACUUCCGUACUCAAGAACAACAUCAGACAAAGUCUAAAACCUGAAAGUUCGACUUCUGUGGUUUUCUUGGCUGGUUGUUCUCAGUCUUGGCUCACUAAUAAUAUAAAUAACUAUAGAUUAAUAUAUUAUAAUAUUACUGCUCAGUUAUCACCGUGUUUAUUGAGAACUACAGCUGUUGUCCAUUAUCCUCAAUAUGUAAUAUAAGUAUAUAUUAUUGAGGGGGAUUCUUGGCUUUUGGUUCCACAAACAGGAUCUAAAAUGAUCCCUUCAUCUGUGUUUCUGUUUCUCUUUCCUCAGGAAGGAGGAAGAGCUGGACUCUAAAGAUGCCAUCAUCCUCCACCAGUUCUCCCGGCCCAAAUCCGGCGCCCCGUCCCUGUCCCCCUUCUGCCUUAAGAUGGAGACCUACCUCCGCAUGGUGGACCUGCCCUACCAGGUAAAAUGUUGACUGAAAAAAACACACUGUCUCUAACGCUCACCUGUCAUCUUUGUGAUCAUUAAAAUGCAGCGCUGUUGUUUUUCGUGAAUAUCCAGAGUCGAGGUCGUCUUUAACUCUUUCUCUCUUGCAGAACUACUUCGAUGGGAAGCUCUCACCGCAGGGGAAGAUGCCUUGGAUCGAGUACAACCAGGAGCAGGUGUGCGGCUCUGAAUUCAUCAUCGACUUCCUGGAGGAGCGGCUGGGCGUCAGCCUCAACAAGAGCCUGACGGCGCAGGAGAAGGCUGUGUCUCGCGCCGUUACCAAGAUGGUGGAGGAGCAUUUCUACUGGUGAGAGAAAAAAAACACAAACAGAGGAGAUACGAGAGAGUGCGACGUCAAAUCAGGUAUUUUUGUUCAUCUUGAGCUGUGUCUGUCUGUCGCAGGACAAUUGCUUACUGUCAGUGGGUGGAUAACCUGGAAGAGACCCAGAAGAUGCUAGCAGUGAGCGGACCACUGAGCGACCUCCUCAAGUGGAUCCUGAGUCACCUGACUGGCGGGAUUGUCAAGCGGGAAAUGUACGGACACGGAAUCGGACGCUUCUCCAAGGAGGAAGUCUACGCCCUGAUGGAGAAGGACAUGCGCACUUUGGCCACUCUGCUCGGUAAAUUCAGAGUUUACUCUAAAAAAAACUUCAUCCACCUGAGAUCCAGGCCUCAGUGUGGUUCACAGGUUCUUCUUUGAAUGUAUCCACAGCAAAGCAGUUCCAGAGCGUUCACCGUGUAAUGAGGACGCUUUGUCACAAUUUGUCUGGUCUUUGUGUUCCUUUAUUCGCCCCCGGAGGGCGCUCAGAGGCUUUAAUGGGACAGUGAAACCACGGCUGUGGGUUUUCAACAUGUACCCUGAGAACUAUAACCAGAAACAUCAUGUGUGUCCUUGUUAAGAAGCUGCAAAAGGGCCAGAGGAAAAUGGAAGGGCAGCACAACACUGCCCUCCUGUGGUUAAUCUUAACACUACAGGAUGGAAGUGGCAGUUUAUUGAAGGAAGACUCUGAACAGAGAGAUGUGAGGGCAUACAUGUGGUACUAAAAAGGUGUCAUUUCCCUUUUCUUUGUGUGCCGUCAUAGGUGAUAAAAAGUACCUUAUGGGCUCCAAGCUCUCCACAGUAGACGCCGCCGUGUUCAGUCAUCUGGCCCCCGCCAUGUGGACGCUCCCAGGAACACGACCGGAGCAGCUCAUCAAAGGUGGGUUAAAGAAAAUAAUCAACAUAAUCCACGUCAUUUACCUGCAGGAUUGGCGAACAGAUUUAGUCUACACUCUUAAAGAGAUAAUCCAGCGUAAAAUUAAGUUAUGGUCAAACACACCACAUCACCGAGUUAGACACCCCCACCAGAGAUGAAUGUUGCCGACCGCUUGCUUCUCUAAUUAUACCAACUUUAGUAAUGACAGCGGGGUUUCGCAGCUCAAGGAAGAACAUUUAUGAUCAUUACUUCAUGGAAAUACAAUCAGACUGAGACACUAAGACAGAAGAACUACAGCGUCUGAAGUGUAAAAUGAUUAAUAUGGUGAUUAUUACUUCAAGGAAAUGAUAAAGAAAUGAUCAUAAAUGUUCUUCCUUGAGCUGCGAAACUCCACUGUAGUCUGUAAUGGACUGGCCUGAGGUCUCACUACAAACAAGCGGCUGCUGGAAGAGAGUCGGUGAGUUGUGUUUAGUCUCUUUGCUCAAGAAAUGAGUCCAAGUUAAAAAGAUGUUCGGUGUCUAGUACUAUGGCUGUGACCCUAUAUGUCCUGUUGAUGAAGUUAGGUGCUGUUCUGAGCAUUAUUGGUGUCUAUAGAGUGGCGUUUUGGUUGAGGUUUGUUUAUGGCUCCUCAGACCGCUGUGUAUUGCUAUCGUGCGGUUGUUAAUAAAGUUGGUAUAACUAGAGAAGCAAGCGGCCUUUAAAGGGACAGUACAAAAGAAAUGUGACGUUAUAAAAUGAGAUUUUAUAAUAUGCACCUUGGACUUCUGUUGUCAGUUCUAGAUAUUCACAUAUAUGAGUCACUGAAGUUAUAAGGAUGUGCAAAAUGAAUAUGUGGCAUACUAGAAGUAUUUUUUGCAGAGUGAUGUAGGGCUGUGCGAUAAACCGAAAAUUUACUGAUACCAAAAUUUACGACAAUAACCGAUGUCAUUUUGACCAUAUCAGUAUAUUUGGUGUCAAAAAAUAAAUAAAAGUUGUUUUUUUUCCUGAAGUUUCUUUGCCUUUAGAAUAAAUUCAGUUCAUUAGAACAUCUUUUUUAUGACUGUAAGUAUGUCGACUGUCGAGGGAGUUCAACUAGAGUUAAUUCUCUUACUGUGGGAAACAAUCUGAUCUUCAUCAAGACAGUUUCCUUCUUUGACAAAAACACUAAUCCUGUUCACUACGUGGGAGGGGGUGAGCAGCUGGUGGAGUAGUUAUCAUCCAUUUAUCCUCAUCGAAGUGAACUGAUCAAUAUAUCGUGAUAUUGAUUUGAGGCCAUAUCGCCCAGCCCCACAGUGAUAUCUUCCAAUCAGAAUUAUAUAUGAUUAUUUUCAGAAUUUCUCACCCUCUCCCGUCUCUGUCUCCACCAGGCGAGCUCAUCAACCUCGCCAUGUACUGUGAGCGCAUCCGUCGGCGGUUCUGGCCCGAGUGGUUCGUGGACCUGGAAGACUUCUGCUACAGCGACAGCACAGAGGGCAGCGACUCGCCCUCCAAACUCCCGGACCUGGGCCUCUACUCGGGUUCGGACACCUUCCAGGACUGUACACAAUCCCACUCCCUCCACACUCACACGCCGCAGGAGCCGCCGUCGCCGGGCAGCGAUCCUACAGGCCACUCCCUGUAUGACUCUGACAUGGACACAGAGUGCUCUGAAAUGGACCAGCUCAAGUGUUGACGAUACACACACACAUGCCUAGUUCACAAACACACACACAACAUUGAAACGCACACCACAGAGGGCAGCUGCGUUCGAUCUGCACACACGUCCCCGUUCUCUUUCGCAGAGAUUCUGGGGAGUAUUUUUGUGUCGGCGGAGGACCGAGACGUCCGACCCGCACGCUGUAGUGGAGGAACGCCUGCCGUCAGGGCGAACAGAGCGAGAAAAACGGCGUGAAGUAGAGAAAAGAAGCAGAUUAAUCAGGAGUACAUGAUGCCGCUGCUGAGAAACUCCUCCUCCUCGUCCACAUCGUGGUCAUUUACAGCGACGACUUCAACCCGUCUUUUCCUGUGUGCCCCUCGUUGUCCCUCGUAGCAACCUCGCACCACCCGGCCUUGUGUGUUUCCACAAACUGAACCCGUAUCGCCUUGUGUAAGGACCUGUACAGGACUGAUCCGGUGUACAUAUAUAAAUUAACCAGAUUAAAUAGAUAGAAUAUUUGAUUAUUUAUGAGUAUAAAUAGUAUAGAUAAGCCUGAACAUGUAGAGUCACCCCCUCUGUGUAAAUACUCUAGAUGUCCCCCCUUCUGUGUUUGACACACGGGCCAAACCGUCUCGUUAAAGUCCACCUGAGGACCCUCCUGUCCUGUAUGUAUCCGUCUACACACCUGAGAUAUUACAGUGAUGCCUGCUGUCCUUAUCUAGAUACUGCAGUGUGAUAUCAAAGGAGUCAAUGGAGAGUUAAUCUUAAUAUUUUCGCCUUUAAAAACAACUUAAUUUGCCAAAAAUAAACAUAUAUAUAGAUAUAUUUCCCCUCACUUUAGAGUCAUGAUAUGAUCUAGACCGUCAUUGAGGAUAACGGCUUUAGUUUGAACGGAUAUUUAUGAAACAUUUACGCGUCGAGCGAGUCAAACAAUCACGUAGAAAUAGAUGAAAUAGAUGUAGCGCCUGAGUGAAAGUGCAUGGCUGGUUCGUGCCGAUAAAUAAAAACCCCUUUAAACGUUAUUUAAAAAUCAUUUUCUGACUUAAAGUCGACGUUUCUGUUUGUUUUGGUUGAAUUAAAGAUGUAGCAGUUAAAGGAGUCAGAGCGAUGCAGAGUAGAGAAGCACCGAUCAUCACUCAUCCGAUGUCCGAUCUAGUUAAUUUGUCAAUAUCUGAUCCAAAUACUGGAUCGGUGCAUCCCUGAUAAAGAGUUGUUGUGUAGCAGAAUAGAGCAGACUUUCUUUGUAACGCCAGACUAGGCUGCAGUGGUUCGAUGUCAAGGUGAGAGUUUUGUGUGUUUGUCGCUCAGCAGAUGCACAAAAACGACAUUUUGCACGUUUGGAUUUCUAAUCUGGCUGCAGAGGAAAAAGGGUUUACAGUACGUCUGCGAUGACUCAUCCUCUGUGCGGAUGAGAGCAGACGAGUGACGUAUCACACAGCUCAGCAUUUACCCUCCACACACACAAACACACACACACACACAUACACACACACUGACUCAGUACAGAUCAGGUGAGAGGAACGACAGGAGCUGGAGUGCGACAUUCAAAGUCAUGAAUUUGGAGAUUUGCAGAGAAGAAAAACAAAAAUAUAUUUAAAUUAGUGCAGAAACAGCGCCCCCUUUUGGUUGUUUUGUAAAACUGCAAGCAAGAAGAAAAAAAAUGGGUCCUCAUGAGAGUUUUUGUGCCGUCAAGACUAGGGCCUGACAGAUGUGGAGUUUUUGGGGCUGAUACCGACACCGAUUACCGAUUAAUCAGCCGAUGUCUUAAAAUUUUUAAGUUAUAAAAAAACAUAUAUACACAGUAUAUAAUAUACUGUAGAUAUACUGUAGGCUCCUGCUCUUAAUAUCACAGAAAGACCGAUUGAUCAAUCUCAGACCAGAAAAGCGUUUUCAACCCCCUCCCUGAUCGGUGCCUCCGCGUCUUAACUCACGUUCCUCAUUUCCGGUCUCAUCUGGAGACAUGCAGCUGCCUCCAUCAGAGAAGUAGCUCGAUCACUAAUGUGUACUGUUGUUUAUUCUACUGUUACUGACACGGCUAACAGUGUAGCAAGGCUAAUAGCAGGUGGCUAACUCUAACUUUAGCUUCACCGUUAACUCGGCGUGACCGAGACCAGCACAGCGGGGAACAUGGUGAAGUGGGUUGAACUGAAACUUGUUGACUUAUUGUGUAUUUCACAAACUGGUUUAUUUACCGUUGAGGCGGACCGCUCUCCUCCGUGCGUCCCUGAGCUGCUGCUUCAGAUCCGUCACUCUGCUGUGCUCUGAGGUAGUUAGUGGAUGAAGAUCGUCAUGAGGUCGCUGCGCCAUCUACAGGAUAAGUUAGGGAACAUUUUCGAAGUGAAACCGAAUCUUUCUCUCCACAUUUUAUUUCUGAAAAUAUCGGUGAAAAUCUGCGAGUUUUGGCCGAUUACCUUUUAGGGCCCUAGUCAAGACGAACAUCAUGAUGAUAUUUUAAAGCAGCAAAGACCGACAUAUCUCAGCGUAAGCCUCGCUCCUACUGAGCAUGUGCGGCACACGUUCAUUCAUUUUAAUACGAGAAUCAUUUCUGAAAAAGUCGCUCUGUGUCUUAAACUCUCAUGUUUGCAUGUUUCUGCCUUCUCUUGGUUUCAGCCUUACAGACUCUGACUCCUCCUGCUGUUUACGUUGAAUCAGUGCCAGCGUUUAACUUCUUUUUAUAUUGAUUAUAACUUAGUUAUUUAUUUAUUAAUGCUUUUAUAUGAUUUAUUGACGUGUUAAUAUUGUUGAUUAUUCUGCACUUUGUUUUCUUCUCUCGUGGAGAGUUCCCAUCAAUCAGUCAAUCGUCGUAUUGAUCUGUGUAUGAGUGCAAUAUUCAUUGACUUCCAUUGACGGUAAAUUGCAUGUUUGUCCAUGUUUCUCUGUGUUAUUUGGUAAAUGUUUGAGUAUCAUACGAUCGAUAGCGUUUCAGCCCGUCAUCUGCUGCAAAAUCGAGUCCUGAGGAAAAGUCCAGACCUCCUGCGGAGCUUCACAUCCGGUCCAGAACCUUCCAGGUGGACCCUCAUUGAUCGCUUGAGCUCAUAUCUGCAUGACGACGCCGGUCAGCCUCCUGAUCAGCUGACGAUCAGCGUUUCCAAUAUUGUAAAAAGGAAAACCCCGCCCUGUCCCAGAUCAUCUUCACCGUGUCUCUGUGACCCUCAGCUGUUCAAGGUCAAAGGUCAUGUAUAUGUUGCCCCCCCCUCCAUUGAGACUAAUGCCUGUAGACUUUAGAAGCCAUAUUGCGUUGUCUGGUGGUGUUGUGCGUGCUGAAAACACUCGUGAAGCCUCAUCAAAGUGUAAAUACGACAAAGCGGGGAACGCUAACGGACGCGGCUCUGUAUCUUUAAAAAAGAUUCUUAUGAAUGUAACGAAACUAGAGAUAAAAACGCUGUAUGACAAUGGAUUACUCGUAUAUUUCAUUAAAUAUAGCUGUGGCAUUUUCCUCUUGGUUUGGACUUUUAUUUUGAAAAAAGGUGAGUCUUCCCCCCUCCUGUUUCAGAGCUGGUUCAGUCUGGUGUGUGUAUCACUAUCCUAAUCCCUCUCCCUCUGAGCUCACUACCAAAUGACAAUACUAAGCCCACCCAACAAUGAUAAAGAAUGAGCCGGCUGCCCUUUUCUUUCUAUAGAAGAGAGAGAGAGAGACGGAGUGAGUGUUUGGGUGAGAAAGGAAAAGAUGAGAGAUAUUUGACGACAGCGAAUCUCUGCAGAGAUGUUUAACCCACAGGAAAGAGGAGAUCAGUCAGAGCUGACGGGAACUCCAGAGGAGAAAAGGAGCAGAGUGUGUGUGUGUGUGUGUGACACGUGCCUGUGAGGUUGGAUGUUGUGCAGAGGGAGCUGUGAAUGUGCCUUUGUGUGUGUGUGUGUGUGUGUGUGUGUGUGUGUGUGUGUGUGUGUGUGUGUGUAAGUGAGAAAAAAUGAAUAAUGCAGAGGAUGCCUGUACCAGCGUGAGGGCCUGGAGGAGGGCAGAUGGUCGCCUGCUGAUAGGACAGAAUCCAGGCAACAGGGUCCUCCAGAGAGCCGGGUUUAGACCUGGCUU